AUGCGGGCUACCUGGGGCACCGCGACCGGAGUGGAAGUAGUGCUGGGACUCAUGGAGAACAUGGUCGAACGCAAGGUAUUCGAGAUCGAAGCGCUUCAUGCCAAUGUAUCCCAUCUGGAAAUCCCACAGCCGCUGCCCACCAACUUCCCCCUUGCCGAAACCAUGGCAGAGCUGGACACCACUGAACAGAGGCUCCGGUGGUUCAUCGAGUCCGACGCAGAAAUCACCGAAACAAUCACCACCCAGCUUGCCGCCGUACUCGAGCGUGGCCGCCCACUCACCGAGGAGAUGCAGAACGAGCUAGAGCGGACGAAGGCACUGCGCGACCUCGUACAGCGCAGUGAGGCUAUCGAACUCGUUGUUCCGGCCGAUGACCCAUCCCAACCCAAGGUUACAGUCGGCCGCAUGAGCGCGGAUGGGCUGCUCAGCACCUUCGCUUGGGACAUUGCUCGACUGGAGGCGGGAAUUGCGACCAAGGAGCGUGCGAUGGAGCAGAGCGUUUUCGGCUUUCGGGUGUCGCUGGAGGGAUAG